UGAGCUCGAGUCAAACACACCGAGAGUCAGUGCUCAGAGACACGUACCGAGCAGAGCGAUACACACCGAGCAGACAUGUACACCAGAUCCACCUCCAUGAGCUUCACCUACCCGAGCCACAGCGCGAGCUACAGACCGGUGGCGCGCAGCACCGAGCCCGAAGUGUUCACCUUCGACCGGAUCCCGGUUCAGCACUUCAGCCCGCCGAGGCAGCCGCAGCGCCGCAGAGUGAUGCGGGUCAUGUACCCGGCCAAAGUGCGCAAAUACCUGCCUCCGGCCGAGAAGAGCCCCGCCAAGCGCUGGCUGCUGGCGCUGUGCCUGGUGCUGCUGGCGCAGAUUUACACCGAGCGCGACGACGAGCUCGACAUCACCGAACCGGCCGCGCUCUCAGACGCUCUCUCCGGGGAUCUGCCGGGCGAUGACGCGUCUGCGUCCUCGCCGCUCUUCCUGAACUUCCGCUCGGCCGAGGAGAGCGCCAUGCGCAUGACCAGCUGCUCCAAAGACUCUGGGCCGUGGAUAAACACGACGUGCGAGGCGGAGGAGACAGAAGUGCAGGAACACCGUCAGCCCCGCCUGCAGCAGAGGAAAAACCCCUACGUGGUGGCGCUCCUGUAUCCCGCUGUUCUCCACACGCUGGGCUGCGAGCAGUGAACACCCUCCACCCAUCCACCCAUCUAUCUAUCAAGCACUGAUGGAGGCUCUCAGAGACAGAGAGACAGCAGGCUGAGGAAGACAGACAGAAGGUGUUCACCUCAGCUGGACUGUUCUGUGCACAUCUGCAUGAACACCUGCAUUGUUCAUGAAGUAAUUAAUCACUGAAGAACUGCAUUACUGAGUAGAAUGAAGAGGUUAAAUCAGCACUUUUCCUGUGCAGAGAUGCGAGACAGGAACUGACCGAGACACUUUAAACACUUUUGAUGGACUAAACUUGAACUUGAAGUGUAACUUUAUAUAUUUAUUGUAAAAUAAUAAUAAUGACAUCGGGUACUGUGUAAGACAGGACUACAGACCCGUGUGAUGAUGAUGAUGAGCAACACUUGAACUCUCUGAACCAGUUGUUUGAUGAAGAAAUGCUGUUCCGUGCUCACUCUUGUAGUUAUUUAUUCUGUGCUAUUUAUGUCAUGAAUAUUUAAUGUCCUAUUUAUUUUUCUGCGUAAAAUAAACAUGUGAAGUUUGCA